UAUUAUUGCAUUUGUUGGCGGUUCAAGUAUAAAGGAACAACUCGCCAGGCUCGAUAAUGGUAAAGAGGACGUUGACUUCGAUCUGACUUGCCGAAAGUGUAAGAGAAUUGUUCACCCAAUUGUAUCAUCCUUCAUAUUAAGAAUACUUGGAAUUUUUCUCGUCUUCCUAGAUAUGUCCCUAGUGCUUAUGGACCAAUUUGCCUCUAACAGCACACUGCGUUUGGAAUAUCGUUCAAUUUCCUUAGCUAUCGCUUUGUUUUUUUUAAUGGAUGUUCUUCUUAGAGCAUUUGUAGAAGGGAUAUGGCGGUAUUUUUCCGAUUUACUUAACUCCUUAGAUGCUGUCAUUAUUGUGGUGACUUUACUGGUUGAUAUCAUUUGUACUUUUUAUGACUUUAAUUCUUUUGAAGAUAUCCCCAGAUUCGCCAUUUUAUUUCGACCUCUACGACUUAUCAUUCUGAUCAGAAUUUUUCAUCUGGCUUAUCAAAAAAGACAUCUUGAAACACUGACGAGAAGGAUGGUUUCAGAAAACAAACGGCGAUACAAGAAGGAUGGAUUUGACUUAGACCUCACUUAUAUUACUGAUCACAUUAUUGCGAUGUCAUUCCCAUCUUCUGGAAGACAGUCUUUCUAUAGGAAUCCCAUUCAGGAAGUUGUGCGGUUCCUGGAUACCAAGCAUCAAAACCACUAUCAAGUCUACAAUCUAUGCAGUGAGAAAGCUUAUGAUCCUGAGCACUUCCACCAUAGGGUCCAUCGAGUCAUGAUUGACGACCACAAUGUCCCCACUCUGAAUGAGAUGCUGCAACUUGCGAAGGAAGUAGUUGAGUGGCUGGCUCAAGAUACAGAGAACAUUGUAGCGAUUCAUUGCAAAGGCGGCAAAGGACGCACAGGAACUAUGGUUUGUGCCUGCCUUAUUGCCAGUGAAGUGUUUGUAACUGCAGAGGACAGCCUUUAUUAUUUUGGAGAACGACGAACAGAUAAAACCACCAGCUCUAAAUUUCAAGGGAUAGAGACCCCUUCCCAGAGUAGAUAUGUUGGAUAUUUUGCAGAUGUGAAAAAUAUCUACAAUUUGAAUCUUCCUCCAAGGAAAAUCGUCAAGAUAAAAAAAAUUGUUAUUUAUUCAAUUCGUGGUGUUGGAAAUGGCAAUGGAAAUGAUCUAAAAGUACAAAUAACAAUGGAGCGAAGGAUUGUCUUUGUCUCUGCUGCUCACAUAAACUGCAGGGUAAGAGAAAGCACAUGAACUGAAAA